UGCCCCGCACGCUUUUCCGAGAACCGGUCCAACCAUUCAGACCUUCCAACAAUUAUUCGUGAGGAUUAUUUUCGAGGUAAAAGUUGUGAGACAUGAGGUUUGCAAGGGCCAUGCGGUUUUCCGGACUUCUCGUCGUUUUUUUGACUUCCGCAUCUGCGAUUCCUCUGCAGAUGCGUGGCGAUACAUCGGGACUGAAUGAAGCUGUUUACACCGAACCAGAACUCAUGGAGGCAUUGGCCAGGUCGUAUGGGGCACUCGGUGGUGGAGCACAUGAGGGCAGAGAUUACCGCAUCACCAGACAGUCCCGCCAAGGUCUGGACUCAUUAUCCGGCGCGACAUUUGGUGAGAGCAAGAGAUUCGACCCCCGAAGAAAGCCAGAGCUAUCCCACCUCAGCCCGAUGGAACUUUACAAUGGAGCCAUCAAACGCAAUAUCGAUGAGAUCGAUCGAGCUGGAUUCGACAGUUUUUCGAAGCGAAAUUUCGAUGAGAUCGAUCGCGCCGGUUGGGACAGUUUCGUUAAGCGGCGCUUUGUCGACGCUUAUUUAGCAUCGAGACAGCACUAAUUGAUUAAUCGAUAGCUGGAGUCAACGAUCGAUUUGCAAUGUGGGAGAAAAUUAACGACUGCUGACAUUUUACCUCGAAGAUACUCAAUGUUUCUCGUGUUUCAUCGGGACUCCUCGCGUCUCGUUCAUUAAUUUACGAUUGCAGGACAUCUGAGAGGAUGAAACGUGAUUUUUUUAUUUGAAAUUGACGUCCGGGGGCGGUUUUUAUGUUGAAGGGGUUUGAUAAAAGAGGAAAUAUCAUGGAGCUUUCAGUAUUUUUUUAGAAAUUUUUCUCGGUUUUUAUUUUUCUUCUAAUCGAAUGUAAGAGUUAAUUAUAUUUUCAUUUGAUUUUCGCGUACUUGGUUCUCAUUCUUCCAUUGGAAAUUUGCAGGAUAAUCUGCAAUUAAUUUAAUUGUCAAUUGAAUAAAUCCAGAACAACGUUAUAAUUAUCAAAACUGCAGUCACAGAUUCCAAUUUUGCAAUUGAUAAAUUAAUAAGUUGAGAAAUUAGCUACUGAUGAUGUAGAAUAUUUGAUUAAUUUAUUACCAUACGUACGAUGGAAGAGAAGUUGGUAAAAUCCAUGCAAUUAGUUAUUCCCGAUUUAUUCUAAAUAUUUUUUAAAUAAAACCUCCUCAGUUUUCAAUGAAAUAUUACCAAUAAAUUCAUUUGAUUCUAUUUCUUCAUUUUAAAACGCUUUCUUCGAUUUUAUAUUCUGUUAAAUUUUUUAAUUUCAUUUCGCGCGUAUGAAAUCGUUCUAAACUAUUCACGGAAAGAAAUUUAAAUAAAAAACUAUCCUUGGAUUUGAGCACGUCCUAAAAUAGUCUCCUCUCUAUUUUAUUGUGUGAUUUUUUAAGUUUUCAUUUUACCACAGUAAAUUUUAAUUUUGUACCUUCGAUUAAAUUGUUUUCAAAAUUUUCUAUGAAGAACCCAAAUAACUACCAGAGCCUCAACAAAGUUUUGAAAUACUCAAUUCGUUUUUCUACUUAUUACCAGAGCAAAAUUAAAUUCUGUAUUUUGUAGAAAAUGCUAUUUCUUUAAUUUUCCAUAGCUGAUUUCGAAAAAUCGAUCUGCUCAAAAAUACAUUGGCGCUUAUUCAAUGGGGAAUAUGUUAUGCUACAGAGAAGUAUUGUCAAAAAUAUAUGUCUACAUUGAUUUUAAAUUGGCUUCUGUCUGUUGAAUAGUAAAAAAAACAAUCGCAUUUUCCCAAAUUUAGACUGAAGCCUUUUGAGUUUUACUUUAUUCCAUUCGAAAUUUUCAAAUAUAGGACGUGUGGUCUUGUAGUGUCAUGUUUCUUAACAAUUUUUACUGUGGUAGCAUUUUAUAAACUAGUGAAAAUUUCUUUCCGUGUACGAAAAUCAAAAUUAUUGCUAGAACUGGAAGGAAUAAAUCCGAAACAAAAAUUCUUGUGAAUCGUCGUUACAAUCAUCAGCAUAAUCUACGAUUAUUGUAGUUGUCAAUUGAAAAAUGUCAAAAUAACUAAACAAAACCUAAUAAUAAUAAUCGGACAAGCAGUUUCAAAAUUUAAUAUUGCAAUUGUUCAUUAUGAAAAUACUCUCAAUGUUUAAAUGAAUGAAGCGAGUAAUCGUGUACCUGUACUGUCGAUAAUUGCUUGUAAUCCGUCGUAAUUUUGUCCUGUUUUAUCCAUCCGCUGUCUUUAAAUAAUUGUAAGAUUUAUUGUAAAAAAUAUACGCCGAAUAAAUACGUCAAGUUGAA